AUGAAGGUGAAGGUGAUAUCGCGCUCCACCGAGGAGUUCACGCGCGAGCGGAGCCAAGACCUACAGAAAGUUUAUCGAAACUAUGAUCCGAUCCUUCGGCCGCUGGACAAAGCACUUGAAUAUACAAGGGCUGUUAAUGCUACAAAGUUGGAUAAUAUAUUUGCGAGACCUUUUAUCGGAGCAAUGGAUGGGCAUAUGGAUUCCGUCUCGUGUAUGGCUAAAAAUCCUAACCAUCUUAAAGGAAUAUUUUCUGGAUCAAUGGAUGGAGAUAUUCGACUGUGGGACAUAGCUGCGAGGAAAACAGUUUGCCAAUUCUCCGACCACAAAGGUGGGGUGAGAGGCUUGGCUGCAUCUACCAAUGGAGAUAUUCUUGUAUCAUGUGGCACUGAUUGCACUGUCAGGCUCUGGAAAGUUCCUGUUUUAAAAAUGAUGGACUCUAGUCAUUCAGCUGGAGAAGUUCUAAAGCCGACAGAACGUUAUGUAUGGAAGCAUGCAUUCUGGGCGGUUGAUCACCAGUGGGAUGGCACUCUCUUUGCAACAGUUGGUGCACAAGUUGAUAUAUGGGAUCACAAUAGGUCGGUGCCAGUGAACAGUUUUGAAUGGGGCAAGGAUACAGUCAUAUCUGUACGAUUUAACCCUGGAGAGCCAGAUGUAUUGGCCACGUCGGCUAGUGAUCGCAGCAUAACAUUGUAUGAUUUGCGCAUGUCUUCCCCAGCUAGAAAGCUGAUCAUGAAGACAAAGACCAAUUCAAUAUGCUGGAAUCCUAUGGAGCCGAUGAACUUUACAGCUGCAAAUGAAGAUUGCAACUGUUAUAGUUAUGAUGUUAGGAAACUGGAUGAGGCCAAGGUUGUGCACAAGGAUCAUGUUUCUGCAGUAAUGGAUAUUGAUUAUUCUCCGACAGGACGUGAAUUUGUUACUGGCUCUUAUGAUAGAACAAUAAGGAUCUUUAAGUACAAUGGCGAUCAUAGCAGGGAGAUCUACCAUACUAAGAGGAUGCAAAGAGUUUUUUGUGUAAAGUACAGCUGCGAUGCCUCUUAUGUCAUAUCUGGAAGUGAUGAUACCAACCUUCGGCUAUGGAAAGCCAGAGCUUCAGAACAACUAGGAGUUCUUCUUCCAAGGGAGCGUAGAAAGCAUGAGUACCAGGACGCUCUCAAGGAACGAUAUAAGCACCUCCCUGAAGUGAAGCGCAUCAUGAGGCACAGGCACUUGCCCAAACCAAUAUACAAGGCGGCUACUCUGCGACGCACAAUGAUCGAUGCAGAUAAGAAGAAAGAACAGAGGAAGAGAGCGCACAGCGCGCCGGGGAGCAUCACUGUCGAGCCGUUCAGGAAAAGAAGAAUCAUCACGGAAGUAGAAUAAAAUUUGCCCAGGCGACAGAUCAACCAAGGUGAAAAUUGCUUCAGCCCCUCGCAGAGUGAAUGACAGAGAUCGCGCACCAUCAUUUUGAAAGUGGCAUCUUCCUUUCAAUCACUUUUGUACUCUAGUGAUCUUUGUUAUGAAGUGUUUAAUGUUAUCUGAUGCGAAUGAGAUUAUCAUCUGAUAUUUCAGUGGGUGAGUUUAUAUAAGGACAAGGGAUCGAAAGGUGGAGCCCUCAUGUAAGCUUUUUCUCUCAACAAAACAACAAAUGGCAAGAAAUCGGCCGUGUUGAUUAAUAUUGCAUUCUUUUCUCUUCUCCGUCUCGGGUCUUUUCGGUUGUUUGUCUUUGCUUCUUUAUCGGCCCUGUGUCAUUGUCGGAAUUUGUUGUUUUAUCAACUUGUGGUGUUGGUGGAUUUCCUUGUAA